AAUCAAUGUUGACGAUAUAAAAGAGACAAAAGAAGACGUCGAUAAGAAAUCAGAACUAGAAAAAAGCUUUACUCUCUUCGAUUUUGAACCUGUCUUGUACUUCUUUAAGAUAUCUCCAAUGGUAUUCGAUGAUCGAUAUUACCAAGAUCAUGUUUUUGGCGUAAUAUGGUUACUUUUUUCUAAACAACAAAAAAAGUUUCCAAAUAUUCCUCAAUUACACUGGUGUUUAAAAUUUUUGCAAGAAUUGAAAAAUAAUGAUGGCUCAUACACAGAUGAUGUUAAUCUGUGUAUUCAAACAGUUCAAGACAAUCUCAUUAAGCAAUAUGUCAAAUUGGGAAUUCUUUUAAAAUCUACGAACGAAAAUAAACAAAAAGAUAAACAGUUAGUCUUAAAUGAACAGGACUUAAUAUUAGAAAAAGAAAAUGAUAUAUUACCACAAGAAAUUGUACAUGAUAACUCGGAAGAAAUACGUGACAACCCGGGAAAAAUACAUGAUAACCCGGGAGAAAUACAUGAUAACUUCGGAAAAAAACAUGAUAAUCUCGGAGAAAUACAUGAUAACCCGGAAGAAAUAAAAGAUGGGCCGGAAGAAAAACAUAAUAACCCGGAAGAAAUACGUAAUAAUCCGGAAGAAAUACAUAAUAACUCGGAAGAAAUAGAUAAUAACCAGAAAGAAAUACGUGAUGGUGAAACAAAAGAAGAAACACAUGUAGAUAAAACGGAAGAAUUAAUAGUUAUUUCAGAGAACAUUAAAUCAUUCGAUGACAAUAAAAAUAUCUCUAAUGAGAAUGUGGAUAAAUACUUCAUUAAAUCCACGGAAUCCAAUCCAAACGGGAAUCCAAACGGGAAUCCAAACGGGAAUCCAAACGGGAAUCCAAACGGGAAUCCAAUUGAGAAUCCAAUUGGGAAUUCAAUUGGGGAUCCAAACAGGAAUCCAAUUGGGGAUCCAAUUGGAAAUCCAAACAUAGACUUUCGAUUGUGUGGAACAUCAUGUGAAAAAGAAACACUAUUGAAUGAAGAUGAAUCUAAAAUAACAAGUUUAAUAUAUACUGAAAUGCUAUUAAGAGGUCCACUUCCUUGCAUUGAACAAAUGAAUGAUAAAUAUAAUAUAUCGGUAGAAACUCGUAUCUCUUUGGGAUCACUUAAGAGGUUUAUGGAAGAAUUUAAUUUACCAGAAGAAUCUCUUGCAACUAUGAAUAAGAAACAGCUAAUAAAUUUUUUUAAUAAUGUAAGGAAGAAAUAUAUGGAAACAUUAAAAGAACAAGUUGAUAAAAUUUAUAAUUUAGAGAAUAUUAUGAAGGACAUUGAUAAACAAUCAUUUAAAGCAUAUAUAACAAAUGAUUUGAUAAAACGUUUAAACAAAUUGGAAGAUACUGAUAAGGAAAAUAACAUGUAAUCGUUAUUAAAAUUUAAGUACAUUUGAAAUGGAACCAGUAUGUUACCUUUGUUUUGACUUCAUCUCUUUCGAAGUAUCUCAUAUUUCGCGCCAAAUACGUCACCGUACGUAUACGUCAAUAUGAGACUGGAGCGCCUAAUGCAUGAAACGGAAUGUAUCUCUAUCACUCGCCUCAGCUGUGCGUGAAUAAAUCUCAAUAAAUAUAAUUUGUAUACAAAACAAAAUUACUUAAAAUUAACAAUAAC